GGGGAAGGUGUUCGGGGUUGCACCGCGGGAAGUAGAUGUGAGUGAAGGAAGAUGGAGGAUGAAGGUUGGAGUGAGGAUGCUGGGGGUACCAGGAACAGAGGCCUGCCUAUUGACGAUGAUUUCUUGGAGAUGGUGGAGGUGGCGAACGGUUGGAUCAUGGAUUUUAUGUGUUGCUGCUUAUAUCGGUAUUUCAAGGCGGGAAUGUUCUCGGAAUUCAGGCUGAUGAGGGAUGCCAUGAAUGGUUUACUUCAGCACCCAUCUACUACAGAGUCCAUUCAGGAAAAGAAGGUGUAUAUCUGCCAAAUCCUGUCCAGAAUUGUUGAAGGGAAGAAUCUUGGUGUCCAAUUUGACCAAGAUGAUUCAAUAACUCCAUUGGAAUCUGCAUUAAUGGUUUUGACUGAAAUGGCAGACAACAAGCACUUAAAGAAAGAUGCACUGUAUUCGGAUCUAAAGCAGUUGCUUCAAGUUCAGAGUGUGGCAGUCUGUAUGGAAAUGGGAGAUUUUGAGAGAGCUUUUGAAGUUCUGGAGCGAGAAUUUCAAGAUAACCUGGAUUCUGACCAGCCUUUAAAAAGGAAACUAUCUUUAGUUAUCGGUAAGAAAGAUCUAAACCAUAAAUUCCUCAACAACUUCAGUAGUGAACGAUUAAUGGAUGUAGCUGCAUCACUUGCAAACAAACUACUAAAUAAGGAAAAGUCACAGUUUCUCGUCCAAGCAGCAACCACAGUGGUGCAGUCUAGAAAAAGAGAUGCAGUCGCAGCCAGUUCUGGCGAUGAGAGUAUUUGUGAACGCACGGAUGGAAAAUGGGAAGAUUUACCAAGAAGAGAAACAGAUGAUGAAGCAAAAAAUGCAGAGCUAACUACACACAGAUCUAGAAGAAAGCUUUACAGUUUUGUCGAGCAGAAGGGUUGGAAACCAAUAAAGUCUGAAGCGGUCAAAGAUUUUGGAGGGAAAAGGAAAAGGUUAUCUGUGAAAAAGAAGAAAUCCACAAGUAGUGGACAUCUGAUGGAAAGUAAAAAGCAAUCUCUGUCAUCUAAUUCAGAAGUGCCAAGGAAAAAAAGACCGUGGUUAUAUGAAGAGGACAAGCUGCUAAAGGAAGGAGUGAAAAAAUUUGGAUCUGGAAACUGGGCCAAAAUUCUGGAGCACUAUGAUUUCAACAACCGUACCAGUGUAAUGUUGAAGGACAGGUGGAGAACCAUGAAGAAACUCUGCAUGAUCAACUCUGAUGUUGAUGAAAGCUGAGAAAUAAUUGUAAAACAUUCAUAAGGUCACCAUCACAAGUGAAGGGACGGACUAAUUUUUUUUACGUUUUACAGCAAUUUGUAGUUCAACCUAAUUAACUGCCAAAUCCAUCAAUUUGCAACAUCUGCGUUCAUUCCUUUAAAAAUCACACAACACCAGGUUAUAGUCCAAUAGGUUUAUUUGGAAGCACUAGCUUUCAAAGUGCUGCUCCUUCUUGAAGUGAUGAAGGAGCAGCGCUCCAAAAGCUAGUGCUUCCAAAUAAAUCUGCUGGACUUAUAACCUAGUGCUAUGUGAUUUUUAACUUUGUCCACCCCAGUCCAACAUCAGCUCCUCCACAUCAUAUGUUUAUUCAGUAAGCUUUCAAAUUAACUUGUUAGUGACAUACUUGGUGAAUUUCUCAAAUGUACUGUCUAUUUGUAAAAAUUUCUUCUGCUUCUCUUUAUUGUUGUGCAUUUUUGUAAUAAACGAACAAUGUUAGAGAAACACACCACAGCUGGCAACAUCUAUGGACAGAAAAACAGGUAAUGUUUUGAGUCCUGUAUGAGUUCUGAAUGCAAUUAUGCUGGACCUGCUGAACUUCUCCAGCAUUUUGUGUUUACUUGCAAUAUUAUGUUUUUAUUGCAUUUUGUAAUGACUGUUUUGUGAAAUAUGAAGAUAACUGUGUGUCUGAGUAUAUUUUCUGUUCUGUGUGCCAAGUCAGGGAGGAUUGUGGGAGGGGGGGAAGACAUAUGUGCAAAUUGAUAGCCCUCAGAUGUGGUCUUUAUCAAUAACCAUUGCAGAUAACACCUUUGUGCAAAACAAAUAUUCUUGAGGUCUAGAAAUAGUUAAAGGCAAGUGACCCAUCUCAGGCCCAUAUGUGAUAGCCUACUUGAACCUGUUCUUGAGUAUUAAGAACAUCCAUCUUUUACUCAAGAGCCCACUGGUCCAUUUAUGUGAAGUGUUAAAUAUCUAGUUUGGUGUUUGUCAUUCUGCAUAGAAUUUGCAUUGAAAAUUCACACCAUAUUAUACUUACAUGGCAUGUUUAAAAUUGUUUUGCCAAAAUAUCUUGAUACAAUCAUACUUUUGUAACAAACGAACAACAGUAGCAGUGAUGAGCAGAUAGGGAACUGUAAUUAUUUGUUUGUAAGCAAUGAGCAAAUGAAAAUAAAUUAAUAGUCUUACCUUAUGCCUAUUAACAUGCUGGACUCAAAGCCAGAAGAUCAGAGUUCAAAUAGUAUUCUCAUUGGCUAUUAGUGUAGCAAACUUUUAUGGCUUCUCACUUUGGUACUGAUGGUUUGGGAUUAGUUCUGCUUCAUAAAAGUGUAGUAGCUUAUUUCACCUUAUUGUAAAGCAAUUAUAGUCUGUGGAAAUGCCUCCAAUCCCAGUUUAGAUUUACUGCUAGUUGAAAGAGAAACAUUGCCAGUAGAAAAAAAUUUGAAAUGACUGACAUAAAAUAUUGAUAUUUUUAUAGAACUAAAUGCAGUUUGGUUCUGAAUUUUAUGCAUAUUUUACAUUGUGGUACAGUUUAGCUGCACAGCGUAAAAUCUAUUAUGUUGUGUGAAUGCACUCUAAGAAAAAUGUAUUCUGGUUUUAAUUGUGUCAUUAUGGGAGAGCUGCCUGUAGAAAUAGAAACCGCAAAUCAACAAGUUGAGUCUUCAGUCUCACAAGCCUUACUAAAUGGCAAGUAAGGUACUUUAAAUUUAAAAAUAAAAUGGUAGCUAUACUGUUGAAUUCCAAUA